CGGCGGAUGUUUACAGCGGCCAAGGUUGGAGCAGCGGCGCAGGGGCCGCGGACGCGGGAGGACAAGCGGGGGGACCUGCGCAGGUGUCCUGAAGCCACGGGCUGCCGAGUGCGCGCACUGAGUCUGUCCUGAGUUUGAUCUUGAACAUGGGCGGCGCUGUGAGUGCUGGUGAGGACAACGAUGAACUGAUUGAUAAUUUGAAAGAAGCACAGUAUAUCCGGACAGAACUGGUGGAACAGGCUUUCAGAGCUAUUGAUCGAGCGGAUUAUUAUCUGGAGGAGUUUAAAGAAAAUGCCUACAAAGACUUGGCAUGGAAGCAUGGAAACAUUCAUCUCUCGGCCCCGUGCAUCUACUCAGAGGUGAUGGAGGCCCUGGAUCUGCAGCCAGGGCUCUCGUUUCUGAACCUGGGCAGUGGCACUGGAUACCUCAGCUCCAUGGUUGGCCUCAUUUUAGGUCCUUUUGGUGUGAACCAUGGGGUGGAGCUUCAUUCUGAUGUGAUAGAGUACGCAAAACAGAAACUGGACUUCUUCAUCAGGACAAGUGACAGCUUUGACAAGUUUGACUUUUGUGAACCUUCCUUUGUUACUGGCAAUUGCCUGGAGAUUUCUCCAGAUUGUUCUCAGUAUGAUCGCGUGUACUGUGGGGCUGGUGUGCAGAAGGAACAUGAAGAGUACAUGAAGAAUCUUCUCAAAGUUGGAGGGAUCCUUGUCAUGCCUCUGGAGGAGAAGUUGACCAAGAUAACACGCACAGGCCCUUCUGCUUGGGAAACCAAAAAGAUUCUGGCUGUUUCCUUUGCCCCUCUGGUGCAGCCCUGCCACUCAGAGUCAGGGAAGUCCAGACUUGUCCAGCUACCACCACUCGCUGUGCGCAGCCUCCAGGACUUGGCCCGCAUUGCUAUCCGGGGCACCAUUAAGAAGAUCAUCCAUCAGGAAGCUUUGAGCAAAAGUGGAAAUGGACUAAAGAACACCCCCAGGUUUAAACGAAGGAGGAUCCGCCGUCGUCAAAUGGAAACAAUAGUCUUUUUGGACAAAGAAGUCUUUGCCAGUCGUAUUUCUAAUCCCUCUGAUGACAACAGCUGUGAAGACUUGGAAGAGGAAUGCCGGGAAGAAGAUAAGACCUCACUAGAAAACAAGCCAGAUCCUCCAGUGAACUUCCUGCGUCAGAAGGUCCUGAGCCUCCCUCUGCCAGACCCCCUGAAAUACUACUUGCUUUAUUACAGAGAAAAAUAAAUCACCCAGCUGAAAAGGGGAAAUGAGGAAGAGCCAGUAUGAAGUCUGAUUGUACUGCCUGUCUGCUACUGAGGGGUCUCCUGGGAGGAGAUGCCAUGGGGAAGGGAACUGCGAUACUCAUCCACAUUGUAAUUUUCCUUUUCUGGUUCUUGAUUGUUCUCUAAAAUUUUGAUUCAAUAAUGGGAUUUAUUUAAACAUAAUCUGACAAGAUUCUGCAUAGAAGAUCAAGUGGGAAGGAUCCUUUCUCACUCUUCUGACACAGUGUGUAGUGGAGUCUGAAACGCCUUCACACGAGGUGCAUGAAAGUCAGGACUACCCUGUGUGAAGCAAAGCACAUGUUUGUAAAUGUGUAAAAUCCUUUGAGCUUGCAAUACCACGUCCGAGUUUGAAUCUUAUGGUAAAGCAACUUCUCAAUUACUGGCACUCAGUUCCACUGAACUUUUUUAAUUUUCUGGAGGAGGAAACAUGAGAAGUCCUUAUUUUAAUUAAACUAUUUUACUCUUAUGCAAAUUGUCAGCUCUAAGUUUUAAAAGAAAAAAAAUGUGAUUAGGGGAGAAGGAAUUCAAGUAUCAAACUGCUAGGUGUCUUUCUAGAAUUUUGAAAGUUUCCAAGAAGUGUUUUUCUGACAUCUUUUGUUACUGUAAGAGAACCACAGUCAGGUGAACUCUUAGAGUUAGGUUUUUUAGAAAGAUAUGUGUAAGUAAUAAACUAAAUUAGUUUUUCCCUAACCACAGAGGUGAUUACCUAUCUUUAGAGACUGUAAUGGAUUUUAAGGGUUGUUGAGGUGAUCACUUCUCAAAAUUGGCAGAAAGUAGUAAGACUUCAGAAAAUGGAUUGGGCAAUGUUACAGAGAGCCUGAAUUUUUUUUUUUUCACUUUAGUUUGCUAUCUUUCUGUGAUCACAUUAGAGUGCUGAUUCAUAGAUUUUUAUCUUUUGUAAUUCUGGAGAAAAAGAGAUUGCUAGUUUUGUAGGUUUUGUUCAGAACAAAUACAUGUAUUUUAGUAGCUCCAUUGCGUUAGAACAGUUUAACUCAGUGACUUGUGAAGUCUGUCUUCUCUCCAUGCCUUUUGUGUUGAGAACUUGUUAUCAGAUUGUGGGUCUAGAAAACAAAGAUUUUGCAGUCUUAAUGGCAGAAUGAUUUGAAGUUACAGUGCUGAUUCCAAAACAGUUACUCUUUUUAAAGUUAAAUUUUUUUUUUAAUUCCAAAUUUGGAAUAUUUUCAAUUCCAAAACAGUUACUCUUUUUUUUUUUUUACCUAAAGAAUAGUGUUAGUUAUUAAUCAUAAUUCCAAACUCAAGUGUUGAUGUAGGAUUAAGUACUAAGAUUUUAUGCUUCACUUUAACCUCUCACUUUGUUACUUGCUGGGAGGGCUUUGAUGUCUCUCUAGUUUCUCUAACUUAACUGGUUAUUUUGUAUUUCUUCUACUUAUUUUUAGUAACUGAAUCAUUUUGCUAUGAGGUACGGUCUGCAUGCAUAGCUGGGAAAACACAUUGCCCUAGGUUGGUGAAUACAAGCUAUGUAAAGAAAGUUCAUAAUUGUUUUUGCUUGCCUUUUAACUCUAUCCAGGCAUUUUUGUUUCAGAGAGAAAUGCAUGAUUUAAGUUUACUUGCUAAUAUUUUUAGUUUGCAUAUCCUUCUUGACACUAUUCUAAUGGAUAUGUGGCUUCUGCGUUACAUGGAAAUUUUUGAACAUAAUAGUAAAUGAAUGGUAUCUGUGAAAUAUGUCAUAUUAGGUGGCUUGAUUAAAUUUUUUCUAUAAUUGUAUGUGGAUUGCAUUUUUAGAAAACCACAUUUGCCUUUAUGCUAGAUUAAAAAAAGUCAUUACAGUGUAUGAGACUUUUUUUUAUUUGUUAAAAUUUUCUUAGUAUUUUGUCUUUACAUGUUGUCAGUUUGUAUAAACUUAGUUGUAAUAUAUGUGAGAAAUAGGUUGCUAUUUAUCUUGUAAAGGAAAACUGUGAAUAAGUUUUCCUGUCACUAAGCACCUUAUAACCAGAAUUCAAUAUAGUAUACUACUUCUGUUUUCAGUAGAUAAAUUCAUAAUAUAA